AUUCACCCAGACAGACGCACAGACGGGGACAGCGCUGCAGAAGACCCAUAAACAUGGGGAACACCGGAGGAGCUGAAGAAACCGUGACCAUCACCCAGUCCGCCGUGAGCAACGGCAGUAAUUCGACUAUCUGUGAACAGGGCAACACUUCAACCCACAUUUUCUUCGUGGUGGUCUACAGUCUGGUGUUUGUAGUGGGUUUGCUCCUCAAUGGUUUCACCCUCAACGUUUAUUUCUUCAGGGCUCAGCGUAAUGCGUCCAGUGUGACCAUCUUCCUGAAGAACCUGGCAGCUGCCGACUUCCUCAUCAGCCUCUGUCUCCCCAUGCGAAUCAUGAAGUAUGCUAACGUUAAAUCUGUCAUCAUCCGCCAGGUCUACUGCAACUUUGGUGCCUCCGCCUUCUAUCUUAACAUGUACGCCAGCAUCAUGUUCAUGGGCUACAUCGCAGCUAACAGGUAUCUGAAGAUCGUCCAUACCUUAGAAACUCACAUUCUGCAGACAGUACGAGGUGCUCACAUAAUAUCCACUGUGACCUGGGUCGUCCUCCUGGCUGUGACGUCCUCCUACAUCCUGGUCUCUCUUCUAACGCAGCAAAAACAAAACAUAACAAAACUGAGCUGUGAUGAGCUGCACAGUGAGCAGCUCAGCAUGCUUUACAAAGUCAUCCACAUCUUCUCAGCCACCAUCUUCCUGGCCGUCCUCGUUUGCCUGGUUUUCUUCUACUACAAAACCUCCCGCAGGCUUUCACUGGCACAGCAGAAGCAUCCGGCGUCUGUUGGCUCCAAGAAGCUCGCCAGAUCACGCAGAAACAUGCUGGUGCUGGUCAGCGUCUUCUGCAUUUGCUUUGUCCCCUACCACCUGGUUCGCCUUCCUUAUGCCUACAUAUCAAAGAGAAUGAAUUGUUCAUGGCACCAGGUGUUCUUCUACCUGAAGGAGUUGGCGGUCUUUGUGUCAGUUCUCAACGUUUGCCUGGACCCUCUCAUCUACUUCAUCUUCUGCAAAGCCUUCCGGGCGAGGCUGAGCCUCAGGAGGAUGUUUAGCAAUACAGAGGUCUCAAACGGUGCAGCGAAUCGAGAAAGGAGGAGCAGCAACGAGCAGACGAGCUCCAUCAGAAGGAAGAUUUCCCUCACCACAGUGACAAAGAACAGUGUGCUGUAGCUUUCAGCUCACACACCAUCACCUGUCACUUGUUUAUUUAAGUACAAACUUUAAAAACUUCAAAUAUGUGCCAAGACUGACUGCUGGUAAAGAGCGUUUCAGUUCCCUGGUUUCUACCAUGUUGGGUUUCAGGCUUUUCAAAGACUUGUGGUUAAAUGUUUCUGUUACAUUUUGGUGUUCCUGUUAGGACUCUGUUCAAGUUAUUAAAGGUCAGCGGGCCGCAAUAUCAGAUAUUAAAGUCAUACCAGUAAACUGAAAUAUAUGUUUACCAGAUGCUGUAUUUGAUCAUAAAUAAGUGACUGUAUAUAAACAUGGACAACCUGAUGGCCUGAAGUCAAAGCAUCUCAACGACCCCUGAGUGACUGGCUGGAGUAUAUAUCACGAAGCCUGCUGCCUACAAACAUAUUAUUAAAAGGUAAAUGCAAACUUGUGACAUAAUUUUCUUAAAGAGCGUUUCUCACUGUUUUGAUACGAUCUUCUCUUCUCUCAACCCUGAUGUACCUCCAAAUACUCUUCUGAUAAGUUUGAUUUUAUUUAGCAGUUCGAUGCAAUAACAGGAGGUAGCUGAUGUCACAAACCAGAAACAGUGAGUAGGAACACAGAUCAGCUGUGUCAAACUGGUUUUAGUUUAUAGGCCACAUACAGUCCCAUUUGGUCUCAAGUAUACUGGACCAGUAAAAUGACUGCACUAUAUAUGUAUAUAUAUGCUUAUAUGUAAAAAAAACAAAAACAAACAAAAAGCUCAAUUUUCAGUUCCUGUAAGUGUAAAUAUGCACAUUCUGAUAUA